GGCGCCAUCUUGGUGUAGUGCUAUCUCAUACUACGUAGCUGGAGUUCCCGCCGGUGUUGUAAUAGAAGGAUCGAAGAUUUCCGUUUUUGUUCAUUAGAAGUGGAAAACACAGUUUUUGUAUUGUUGGUUACAAAGCAGUUGAGUAACUGCAACCCAAUAUCGUUAUAAACAUGCAAAACAGUACUGAAUUGUUUGGAAUAACAAGUCUUGGAAAGUGUACACAAUGUUGUUGCAACAGGUGACUGAUAAGUGUAUUAGGAAGGAUGUGGUUGUAAGACAGGAUCAAUAAUGGAUGAGCAGUUACAAGAAAAAGUUGUGCGACCUUAUAUUGAUUUUCAGCCUGAUGACAGGUGGCACGUAAAAGAAGAUGCAACAAACAAUCCUUGUGACAAUAUGAAUUUGGGAGGUUCUACAGAAAGCAAUCAAAAUUUUCCUAAAGAGUCGACUCUUGGUAAGUUCCCUCAUGUUUCACUCAUUAAUGGAGUGCCCCCGGAUGAAUCCAAAACUAGUAAUAAUCAGUCUUGUGACAACACCAAUAUUCCUGUAGAAGAAAGGAAAGAAAAUAAUAAUACAAAUUUGGAAUGUGAGUGGAUUGGUAAAGUGGAGAAUCAAAACACUUCUUGUAAUAGUCUGCAAGGUUUGAAAAAUGAACAGUAUUCUCAGAAACUGUCAAAAGUUGGUGAUGAAUUGAACUUGGUUUCAGAUAAUGAUAAAACUAACUGUACCAUAUUGGUAAGCUCUGAAGCCAAUGAAGCAAAAGACAUUGUUAAAGAGGAGAAUGUUCAUAGAACUACAGAGAAUAUAUGUAAAUCUCUUAAGAACACUAAUGUAGAUUCUGAAGAACAUAAAUUAAGACAGAAUCCUGCAUGCCCUAGUAAUGAUGUAAAAAAUACCACUUUAUCAGGAAAAGUAGAUUGUGAGUCUCUUGUGAAUGACUACUUAGCAAAAAGUGAACCAAGUGAAGAAGAACAUUCCAACAAAGGACAGAGCCCUGCACAUGAAGCUACACCAAAUUCUGACAUUGAUAAAAAAAUAACUUCACCUCAUGAUGGUAAUUUUAGUAAGGAUUCUACACAAGAAACUGAUGAAUUACUAAAACCUUCUGAUAGUUCAAGUGAAGAAAGUAAAAAUGUUGAACAAAAAUCACCUGAGUGUGAAAAGAAGACUGGUGACAACCAAGAAAAAGAUGGUGGUGACAACUAUGAGUUAAAAAAAAAUCUUGAAUCUAUAGAGGUAAACAAAGAUGAAAGAGACAUUAGAGAAAUGAACCAAAAGAAUUUUAGCAGUAGUUUGAAGCAUGGUGAAAGUGUUGACAGUUUAAAACUUGAAGAACAUUGUGACCAUACUAGUACAGUUGUGGAAAAAGCUAAGAAGGAAGAACCACAAGAUGAACAAUGUAUUAAUGAAAAUAAAGAAAGUGGUUUUGAGGAACUUAUCAAAACACCAAAGGGUUUAGUGGUGAAACCUGUAGACGUAGAAGCUAAUAAUCUAUCAUUAUCAAAAAAUUCUAGUCAGCUUUUCAAAAACCAGACAUCACAAUAUGAAAAGGCUGGUGGCAAAUCACAAAAUAGGAAAAGUAAUGAGCCUGAAGCUAGCACAUUUCCAGUGAAGACACAUAGUAAAAGUAAUGGCUUUGAAAGUUCUAGUACUCGUGUCAAACAAAAAAAUAAAAUAGAAAAACGCAAUGAAUCUAUAACAGAUAUACCAGAUAUUUUGAAAUCUGGACUUUUAAAAGACCUAACCAUAUCUAUUGUACCAUCUAGUAAAAAUGAACUUCAUAAGUCAGUAUUGGCAAAGCCUAUCCAGGAGAAGUCACGAGAUAAACCUAAGGAAAAGCCAAAAGAAAAACCCCCUGAGAUCCCUCAAGAUAAGUAUAAAGAACAGCCUCUUCCUCCUUUGUUGGAAACUAUAUGUGGUAGUGUAGUUACAGAUGAAAUGGUAGAGAAAAUACUCCAAGAAGCCAAAUUUCCAGACAUCUUGAAAGGUGAAGUAAACAUUGGUAAAUUUAUUCCUGUGAAAUUGCCUGACAGCUACAACUUCAGACUGUGUGAAGAUGAGGCAUUACUGGAAUGUCCAUCAAUGGUGACACCUUUACUGUUGAAAAAGAAAGAUAAGUUUCCUUCCAAAGUAACACUUCAGGAUGAGAGUAAGCUAAAUAAAGAUGUCAAGAAUGAUGAUGGUUUGUCUGUUGUCAGUGAAAAAUUGGAAGACAGAACUAAGAAAAAUGAAGAAUUGAAAGAUUCUGACAAAGUUUUUGUUAAAUGUCCAGAAUUCAAUGAAGAGUCUCAAAACAAAAUUGAAAAAGUGGAAGAAAAUGCAAAAGACAAGAAUGAAGGUACCAAAGAUGUGAAAGACAAAUGUGUAAAGUCCUCAGUAGAUAGUGCAAAAUUAAAAUCUGAAGAUCUGGAAGAUGACCCGAAAGAUAAAGAAAUUUCAAAAUUUACAGUAGAUAAAUCAUCAGAAAAUAAAACUGAGAAUACAGAGGAGGAAAGAAAAGAAACUGAAAAAAUCUCAGACUGUCAAAAGAAAGCAGAAAAUACAACUGAAAGUAUGGAUAAAGUUACAAAGGAAACAAAUGUGUGUCAUAAGUCAUCAGAUGAAAAUCAAACUGAGAAAAGUCUAAAAGAUACCAAAAAGACUACAGAAACAUGUUCAGGUAAUGAAAACAAACUGCAAGAGGAAAAUAAAGAGCUGUUUACCAGCAAUGUGCUUGGUUUUCUCACUGCUAUAGGUUUGAGUCGAGUUCAAGAGUGGUAUCAGAAAGAUUUGGUGAAGUCCAAAGAGCGACACAUAAGAAAAGAGGGAAAAAAGCAACAACUAGAAAAUGAAUUACUUAUCAGGAAAAUGGACUAUUUGCAAACUAAAAAAGCCAAUGAACCAUUUGUUUUCCAAAAUUAUAAGUGCAAUUUUUGUGAAUUUAAAUCAGAAUCUUCCAUUGUGUUUGAUGGUCACAGUGUAAUUCCAUAUGUGACAGCACGCAGGGAAUUUGGAUGUCAUUUCUGUGAGUUUUGCACAAGAGACCCAAAAGCAAUUAUUUUUCAUAUGGAAGCAGAACAUGGAAAAAUGGGUCAGCUACCAAUUCCUUCUCAUUUUCAUGAGUGUCCUUUCUGUCCUUUUGACACAAAUCAGAAGCAGAAGUUAAACAGUCACAUGAACAGGUGUCAGAAAUUUUUUGUUUUGGGCAGGAAUCAAGUUACAGAACUAGACAUGCCAGCACAAACAUCAAAACCUAUAACCAUAAUGGACAUUAAAGCAUACUUGUACGACCGUCAGCUGGCAGAGGUGGCUGCAGCAACAGCGAGGCGACCGGGACGUCCUUCUAGAGGGAGUCACAGAAAUAAUGCUAGUGCUCAGAAGCAUCAGGCCAGUGUUCCCAGACCCCUUGCUCCUGCUAGUAUGUUACCAUAUAAUCAAUCAUUGUAUCAUCACCUAUCAGAUAAUACAGCUGUUCAACCAAGACCACAGAUAAGAGCUUUCAGGAGAGCCCCAGGUAGUGUCUCCAAUAAUAGAAUUCAUCAUCCAACUACCAAUGCCCAUAUGACCCCCCCAUCCACCCAGGUUCCUCUGACUGUUCCCACUAAUCAGAUUUAUCAGGUAGUUAGAGGUGGCAAGGUUCUUCCUGUUUUCAGUACCAGUAACUCGGCCACUAGUUGCAGACCAGUUACCAAAAUAUCUAAUGUAUGUGAUGAUUCGGGUCCUCAGCCAGUUGCCCUCUUUACAAAUGUGGCUUCCUCAGGAGGAGGAACUCAUAUCGUUACCAACAGCACCAAAAGCCUGUUGAAGACAGGAAUGCCACCACCACCCAGACUACAAGGCCCCUUCCUACCCAGCAGUGGGAAGUCAGCACCAGGAGAAACAAUACUACCUAGUAAUAGCUUUGUUAUCUGUGAAAUCUGUGAUGGUUAUAUCAAAGAUCAGGAACAGCUAAGAAAUCACAUGCAGUUAAUUCAUAAGGUGAAAAUCCAUCCAAAAAUGCUUCAAAACAGACCUCCCCUUAAUUGUCAGAAGUGUCAGUGGCGGUUCUUUACAGACCAGGGACUUGAACGACACUUGCUAGGGUCCCAUGGGCUUGUGACUUCUAACAUGCAAGAACUGGCACAGAAGAACCAGGAUGCGGGUCGAUGUACUAUCUGUGGACGGGUGUACGUGUGUAAGCUGGUUGCUCACAUGAAUCAAGUUCACAAGAUUACAUUAAAACCUGCACAUCUGUCAUACAAAUGCACAGUUUGUACGGCAACAUUUAAUCUGUAUAAACUAUUUGAAAAUCAUGUUUAUGUUGUACACAGUGGCUCAGUGAAGAGACAUGCUGAUGAUGUUUCCAGUAACCAGCCUGCCAAGAAGUUUGCUGGAGACAGUAGCACCAAGACAGGAACCUUAAAGGCUACCCCAAGAUCCAAGUCAAGGAAACCGGCAACACCAAUGAGAAUAGGAGCAGGAAGUGGGAAAACGAGAGAUGGUGCAUCAGUAGUAGCCGAGGAAAAAACCCCAAAUGAAGAUGGCCAUGCCAAGCAGAAGUGUGGAGACUGUGGAAUAGAGGUUGGUGACAUUUUUAAUCACAUUAAAGAGAAACACAUCAAAAACUGUUCAGUUCAGGCCUGCCGGAUAGAGCAGUGCCAGAAAUGUCUGGGUUCCUUUGAUGGACUGGUUGUUCUUCAUACUUCAGACCUUGGGCUGUCGGAGGAGUCCCCGAAGAAGGAGCAAGCCAGCAGAGUGACAGAGGGAGCAGCUGACUGCUUAUUGUGAUAGGAGUGAACAUAGAAGACACUGUUAGUGACUAUCAGACUGGUGAGCAGACUAGGACUAUUUCAUAUUUGUUCCAGGAAAUUUAAAGAAAUUCAACCUGGUUUUAAACAUAUGUCAGGUAGUAAUGGGUACUUUUUGUCGAAACACUGUCUUCAGUUAGUCCAUUGGUGUUUGGUCCCAGCAAAUGUUCAAAUACAUGUUCCAUAUUUACAGUUAUUUUCUUGAAUUAGAUUUCUUUUAUGUAUUAGGAUUUCAUUGUAUUCAUUGUUAGUCAGUGUACACGUAAAGACUUUCCUAUUGGUUUUUGUGAUGUGUGCCUUCGUGGGUGGGCGGGAUGGACUUGCAAAUAAAUUAAUUUUAGUUUGCUUUAAGAUAAGUGAACAAGAAAAACUUUUUGAAACUUGCUGUUAUGUAAUUAAAAACAUAAUUAUUUCCACGUAUAUUAGUUUUUCCCUAAUUGUAUUGUUAUAUGUGUAAUAUCAUUAAAUGGUUUGCUCUACCUUAUGAAAAUGUAAAGUUUCUAUAUGCAUAAAUCACUAUGUUAGGGACAGUUUGGUAAAAAAAAAA